AUGAAGCAUAUGGAAAUGAAAUAUAAUAUUACAUAUUACAAGUUGUUCAAAUUAAUAACAAAUAUCUUCCCAGAUUGCCAAACCAUGGUGCAUCGUCACGUUGCCCUCCUAACAUUUCCAGCCCGGGGCGCUACGAACCCAUCGCUCCAACUUGCCAAGAACCUUGUAAAGUUGGGAGUGAAGGUGACCUUUGUUUCCAGCGUCUCUGCGCAACGUCACAUACCCAAAUCCCCUUCUUUACCACAAGGCUUAACCAUACUAGCCUUCUCCGAUGGCUAUGAUGAUGGAAUCAAAUUGAGCGAUGAUCAGGACCGUUUCAGGUCUGAGCUCAAGAAUCGCGGCUCCAAAGCCCUGUCUCAGCUGUUCACCACCAGCAUAGAGGAAGGCUACCCAGUAACAGGUCUUGUCUAUCCCAUGACUCUAAGUUGGGCAGCAGACGUGGCGCGUGCCUUCAACAUACCAUUCGCAGUUUUUUGGGUUCAACCAGCCUGUAUUUUUAACAUCUACUUCCAUUAUUUUAAUGAAUAUGGUGACUCCAUUAGAAAGAUUAGCAGUGACCCCUCGUGCUCUAUUCAGUUGCCGGGGCUCCCAGUGCUCACUAGUCACGACCUUCCUACAUUUUUGCUCCCCUCAAAUACAUUUAGUUUCGGAUUAACAUCAAUGAAGGAGCAGUUAGAUGCACUCAACGAAGAAGCCAACCCAAUUGUGCUUGUAAACACCUUCGAUGCAUUAGAAACAGAGGCAUUAAGGACCAUUGGAAAGUACAACUUGCUUUCUAUAGGACCAUUGGUUCCAUCAACAUUCUUGGAUGGAAGCGGUCCCCGUAAUACUAGUUUUGAAGGCAACCUUAGACAGAAGUCACUGGAUUAUAUGGAGUGGUUAGAUUCCAAGCCUCAGUUGUCCGUUGCUUACGUAUCAUUUGGAAGCUUUAUUACAUUGUCAAAGCAACAAAUGGAGGAGAUUGCUCGUGGGCUGAUGGAGAGUGAUCGGCCAUUCUUGUGGGUGAUAAGAGCCCUAGAGUUUGGCGAAAGCCAAGAAGACAAAUUAAGUAACAGAGAAGAAUUAGAAAAGCGAGGUCUGAUAGUGCCAUGGUGUUCCCAAGUGGAUGCCAAGAAAUGGAAGAAUUUGGCAAGGGAAGCUGUAGAGGAUGGUGGAUCUUCUAACAUAAAUCUCAGGACUUUUGUGGAUGGAGUUAAAAACGUGUGA